AUGGAAGAUCCUAAUGACUUCUCAAACUUUUACAAAUCAGUGUCUGAAUAUGUUCCUGGCUCUCAGGAUGAAGUAGGGGUACAGAUCAUGGAAUUUGUCGAUAAACUAGUGAUUUCUGUCACUUACAAUGGUCAAAAAGAUUCAACUUAUAAAAUUCCUAUUCCAAACACCACUAUCCUAGGGAACCUUCAAACUACAGAAAAUGAAUUUGGGGCCCCAAGAAAUGAACUAUCUUGUGUGGAAGAUUAUGAAGAAGAAGAUGCUGCUUAUGAUGAAAGACAUGGGCUAACCAAAGACUUACUAGAUCAAACCGCCAAUAUCGAACCAAUAUGCUUGAUAGGAGACUCUUCAAAUUAUAAAUUAAGAAUAUUAUGCACUCAACUACUAGUUUUGCUUCUUUCUGUUAAUGCGUCUGAGUCGAGGGAUGUGAUUUUAUCGGUGAGCUCAAGACUUUUCAACGGAGAAAAAGUCAACGAUAAUGAUUUUGAUAAUUUAUUUUUUGUGAUGCAAUUAGUGAAAAAGUGUUAUCUACAAAGAAGAAAACCGAUAACUUCGGCUCCAUUAUGA